AUUUAGUAACUAUUGCAAUAGCUCUCCAAAAUUAAAACCUAGAGUUUUCUAUCCCAACUGCAGAGCCUGUAAAAAAUUGACAACAUUGUUAGUUGUUUUUUUGUUUAAUCCUUUGGGGUUUUUGCAUAUCUAGGAAUUUGACAUCCAAGAGAAGAUCAACUUUGAGGUCCGCAUGCGAGAAGGCAUUUGCAAGCUGCUUGCAGCGAGCACGCAGAAGGAGCAGCUCCUGCGCGCUGUGAAGAACCUGAUGGUUUGCAACGCUCGCAUCCGCGCCUACAGGGCAGAGCUGCGGGGCCGAAAGGAGGAGCCCAGCCCGGGCAGAACUGAAGAGCAGCCUUCAGAAAACAGGACAAAAGUCCGGAUGGCAUGCAGAGCCAAGGUUGCUAUAUCAGAUAUUCGAAUACCAUUAAUGUGGAAAGACUCUGAUCACUUCAGCAAUAAAGAAAAAUCACAGCGCUAUGCAGUGUUUUGUUUGUUCAGAAUGGGAGCUGAGGUUUUUGAUACUGAGGUGACUAUUGUGGAUAAAGCAAUAACAGAUAUCUGUUUUGAAAAUGUAACCAUAUUUGAUGARGCAAGCCCAGAUUUCCAGGUGAAGGUUGAAGUGUAUAGCUGCUGUACAGAGGAGCCUUUAUAUAUAACAAACACUCCUAAGAAACUGGCAAAGAAACUUAAAACGUCCCUCAGCAAAGCUACAGGGAAGAAACUCAAAGCUGCACUGGAAGAAGACAGCACUGAACCCCUUUUGCCYGCUGACCCAGUCAUCCAUGGAGYAAAGUACAGUUUGCUAGCAUACACCACUUUGGGGCUGGAAAGUGCAGAGGACAGUUUCAGGACCCACAACCUUACUAUUACAGGAAAUGAGGAAUCCUCUUUUUGGYUGCCCCUGUAUGGAAACAUGUGCUGCCGUUUAGUUGUCCAGCCCUCCUGCAUGACCAGGGAUAUGAUGGCAGGAUUUCUAAAUCAGCAGCAAAUGGUAGGGGGUCUAAUGAGCUGGAGGAGGCUGUACUGCAUUCUGAGAGGUGGCAAACUCUUUUGUUAUUAYACACCAGAAGAAAUUGAGGCUAAACUGGAGCCAGCAUUGACAGUUUCCAUCAACAAGGAAACCAGGAUUCGAGCUGUGGAUAAGGACUCCAAGGGWAGAACUAAUAAGUUCUCUGUUAUCAACCCCAUGUCUGGAGAGGCUGUGACGCAACAUUUUGCUACUGACAGUCGGGAUGAACUUCACAAGUSGAUGGAGGCUUUCUGGCAGCACUUUUAUGAUCUGAGCCAGUGGAAACAUUGUUGUGAGGAACUUAUGAAAAUUGAGAUUAUGUCACCACGGAAACCACCUUUGUUCUUGACAAAGGAAGCGACCUCCGUCUACCAUGAUAUGAGCAUUGAUUCUCCAGUGAAACAUGAAGGCUUAGCUGAUAUCAUACAAAGAAAAAUUGAAGAGAGUGAUGGUGAGUUCCUUCUUGGCCAGCGAAAAGAGUCUGCAUCCUCUCUAUGGGCUUCACUCUUCGAUGGAUCCCAUGAGAUGACUGUUCAGAAAAGCACACAUCUGGACCCAAAAGGAAAUACUACAAGUCCUAAUGACAGCAGAGGAAAGAAAAGAAGAGCUCCCCCUCCACCCUCUGAUAAAUCACCAUACAGUGCAAAAACACAGGUGAACACAGAGCAACAGGGCAAGGAAAACUGGGGGAAGCCUGACCACACAUCUGCCAGUAGAUCUUCCUCUGAGUCACUGUUAGCUACGAAAAUGCAGCAGCUGCAAACCCCCAUUGCUGCUCCUCGCAAAAUUGGUCCCUGUAAAAAAUGUGGUCCAGGGAAUCCCGUUUCUCUGGUGAACAAGACCAAGUCUGAAACCAAACCAGUACCAACCCCUAGACAGAAGGGCAUUACAGAAAUUCUUGACCCCAGGUCCUGGUUGCAUUCAUAGGCAUYGUAUUUAGCUUAGAGGAGUCCUUGGAAUUGAAAGUUUCUCAGCCUUCCCCUAAUACUCUCCAUUAAAAAUAGAUUUUAGCAUAUAGCUCAAGUGUUUCCUGUUAGACAGGGCAUUACUGCUGCAGUCUCACUGUACUCAUUAGUGAUCACAUCUAAAUAAUUGCACUAGAAUAGGGGGAGUUCUAUGUCUGGAGUAACGGUGCUAUUUCUGAAAACAAUAGUUCAGUACUUUCCUCUUGAAAAACCCACAGUAUUCAGGGUAACCUCRGUUGUCCUCACAGCAGGGGUGUUACCAGUGCCUUCUACCAGUCCCUCAGCUUAGACCAUCCACAGUUUCUCAGCCUACUUAAGUGGGAAUUCACACAUAUUCAGCACAGAUCUUGCAAAGCUGAUUUUCUUGGGAUCCAUGCUUGGCUUCACYUAAAAUAUCCCUCUCUCUCCCUCACUGUUUAGGAAACAGUGCUUAUAUGGUAAUCGAGUAUGAAAAGCUUUUGUGCUGUUCUGAAGGGCUCUGUAACUUGGUGUGAAUUUCUGAAGCAGUUCUAUCAAUUUAGUGUGGGAUUUCCCAAGUUCCUGCUGGUUCAUGUGCUGUCAGAAUGGGCCAGGGUUAUCUGUCUUUGAGCAAGGAUAUGAUCCAUCACUGCUGCUUAUUUUGGGCUGAGGGUUUAAAAGCAGUGCUGGGCAUGAGCAUGUGCUCAUCUUAGGGUUGUUUUUCCUGACAAACGUGGCUCUGUAGCCCAAGCUCUUCCUUUGUGGAGCCUCUCAGCUGUUCCUGGUUGGGAGCUGGUUUGUAAACAGGCAGUGUWACUGGUAAACAAGCAGGGUUUUUUCACUUCUUCUUUCUGCAAUAGCGCUUCAGGUGAAGAUACUGAAUUUGAUACUCUUCCAUCAGACAGUUCACCAGUUCUGUAAGAAGCAUGGGUUGUAAAGAUUUCUGUAGCACCUGCAAAACAUCUCUUGCAUAAGGAAAAGCUGCAUUCUCCUGAAUGAACAACUAAAAUACCCAACCUUKUCCUUGGUUGAUGCAUUUAUCUCAGAUGCUGGAACUUUUCCAAGGGCAAAGGUCUGCUUGUAGUUCUCCCUCUAGAGCCUUGGUGCUCAGACCUGUGUUGAGAAGGUCGUAUCAGCAACUGUAGACAUACAGUUCAUUAUUUAGUAUUUUUUUUCYGAAGUGUUGAUGGCUCUGAGAGCUUUCCCAUUUCUUCAGAAGAUACUGUGGGCAUGGUUGGUUGGUUGGUUUAUUUURUCUAAUUUUUAGUCUUCAGCUAAGCUCUUGGCUGCACAGCUGUAAAGGUAUCUGCUGAAUUCCYUCAGCAGUUCAUUGGCUAUUUGGGAUGGGGUUGAGAGGCAGGUUUCAUUUACAAAUCCUUUUGCAGGAUUAGAGCCCUUUGUUCUAGAAUGUCCUCGUUCAUUCUUCAUUUAAUCACAUUCCAUUUUCCCUCUGAAACAACCAUAAUCAUUCUUACAAUAAAUCAUGCUGUUACUUAAGUGGAUGGUUUGUGAAUGGUUUAUAAAUAGGAACAGAAAAACUGAAGAAUAACUACAUGAUUAUGUAAAUCAGACAGUUGACUAAGUGGACUGUACAACUCUGAACAAGAAAUGGGAAAAAUAAACGGGAGAGAAAGAAAGCAUAAUUUCCAAAAUGCAGCUGCAGCUUAUUUAGCUUUAAAAUUUAGUCUUAAACAUUGCUGUGCUCGGAAAGAAAAAAAAACCUUUUUCUUGGUAACCCCCUUUCAUUUAGYGGUUAUAUUUAAAAAUAAAUCUCAUAAAUAUAUAAGGCAAGAAGGCACCAUAAUGAGGAUUUAUUUUUAAAUUCAACAGGCCAUUGAAUUUCAAUGAGCAGUUUCUCUAUUAAAUUCAGUGKCUUUGUUUUGAAUUGAAUAUACAUAUUUUAGCAAGGCAUUUAAUAUUAAUUUGAAGUCUUCAAAUGAUGAGAAUUCACUCAUACCUCCUGUUGCAAUACUUAAUUACCCCAGGUACAUUUUCACUUGAUUUUCUAUUUGCAUUUCUAGCUCCACCYUAAGUUAUUUUGGUCUUUUUAUGCAUUUGAUUGCUUAUAUUGAUCUCUGUAGUAUCAGCUUUUCUAAUUGCUUGUGUGUGGUAUAAAUCAUGAUUAUGUCCCUUUUAACCUUUUCUCUGAUGAGGCGUACUGAAUUCCUUAACUUUCCUAUGGCAGUGAAUGUUAUCCAAGACUAAUUAAUCUUCACGUUCUUCUCUGURUUUCUCAUGUAUAGAAAUACUUGUAAGGGUGACAUCUGAAUUAGAUGUCACAUGUCAAUAGUGAUCCAUCAGGACUGUAUAGAGCCAUAACAUGAUCCUCUUACUGUGAUGAAUAUCUCCCUCUCUCUCCUUCUUCCUCAAAAAUUGCAUUWUCCUUUUUUUUUGUGGAAGCCUUGGAUGCUGACUUUUAUGGCCCAAGUUCUCUUCAGAGUCUUUCUCGGGAAUGCGGUACAUCAUACUCUUAUUUUCCUACCUCAUAUUUUCUUGGAAAUAUACAUUGUACUUUACCAGCAUUAAAAUACUGCUCAUGAAGUGAUCCAGAUUGCUCUGUGUAAGUGACCUGUCCUCAUUCUUUACUACUCCAGCAGUCUGCGUGUCCUUUGCAAAUUUAUUGCAAGUGAUUUUUACAGUUUAUUCCAGAUCAUUGAUUUUUAAAAUUGAAUGCAAGGCAAGGUUUUUAGAGAGAGGUGAUAAGUUUUUAUGACAUCAGUGACAUGGGUGGGGGUAGGGAAAAGCAAACAGAUGGGCCAUUGAGUUUCUGUCCCUUUAUCCCAGAACAUUUAAAACAUUGAAUAAGAUGAAAAACAGCUGUAUUUCUUGCUGAAUUCAUAAUAAUAAAAUUGMAAUUAUUAUGAUAUUUUAAAGAAARUUACAUGUUCMUCUGGUUUUCAGAAGGUGAYGCAGGCUUUUGUGGCYUUGCAAGCUGAGCUUAGUAUCUCAAAGAGUAAAAUGCAACCUGUUGUUCAAGACCUGUUCUCCAUGAAGCUCUGUUGAUUGAUAUUUUUUAUCUAUCCUUAAAUUAGACUCAUGUAGGCCAGUGCAUGAUAAUGCCGUGACCRCCACUAAAACAAGGCCAUUAAUUACUCUGCUCAUUGCUUUAGAACUAUACAAUCCCUAUUUAUAAUGCAAGAGUUGACUUCAGAUUUUAAUAUUKCUUGUUACCUAGUCUUUCUUUAUUUUUCCCCCUUCCGUAUUGCCAUUAUUGCCUUUGCAUCUUCUGUUAAGCAGGUUGGUUUAACCAAUAAUAUCUGCAGGCUAUCAGGAAAYGCUGAGCUUGGCUAUCCAAUAGUCAGUGCCCCUCAAAGAACUGCUGCUCCCAAGCUGUAGAAGAAAAUGUAAUGUUUCACCAUCUUAGUGAUUGUAUUCUAUCAUGAGGAUGCUUUAACUGCAUGACUCAAAAUAUCACUGAUCAAAACCCAAAAGUCAUUAGGCAGCCUCCUACUGAGAUGGGGCUCAGAGGACAGCUGAAGGCAUGUGGCUUUUCCCAGCCUUGUGUCCCAUUCCCCUGUGGUCACAUUUGUGUAGGAAAGUUGGAAUGCUACUGUCYGGCUGGGAAGUCCAUGGAAACACAGCGCUCCCAGAAUGAAUGGCUGAAAUGAUCCAGUGUAGCACAGGGAGGAUGUUGGUGGCACCUGCUGAAUUACACACAGGAUUAGGGACUUUUCUGAAGAACAUGUCAGGCCUGCUCUGAAAACUGUAACCRCUUAUUCUAUGCUUGGGUGAAUUAAUGCUGCCUAAAACCAGAAAUAAGGAAUUGGAUGCUGUCUCAAAGUGGGGCAGAGACAGAAGUCAGCCUGAACUCUUCUUUUAAGAAGUACACCUUGAAAGCAAUUGCUGCUCCAAACUUGAAUAUAAAUUUUACAGAACAUGARCAACUUUUGAAAUAUUGACUGAACAAAGACUUAAUUUAUAAACUUUUUAUAUUUACCUAAUGUCUUCAGCCCGUUACUUGGUCUUGGAAUGGUAGAUGGUACCUUCUGUGGUUUUACAAGCAUUACCUUCAAAUGUUUACAUUUUUACUAGUAUUGUGAUUUUUUUUUUCCCAUGGUAAUAAUACAAAUAGUUGUUUGAUGGUGGCUUGUAUGUAUUUGGAAAUACUGUGAUAGUAUUCAGAGUUGUUUUGUAAUUAAUACAGAUUGCCUUAAUAGAAAAAGAGAGAUUUGGACACUAAUGUGUUGUGAAAUGUUAGAACUGAAAUAUUUUUUGCUGCUAGCAUAUUGUAUUUCUGUUAAAAUAUGCAAGUGAAAUUAAAACUGUUU